UCGCUUUGAAAUGAAAAAAAGAAUAUGAGAACCUCCUGUCAAGUGGCUCUGCCCAUCUCUCAACACCUUUCUCCACGUGCCGCUCCUCCCAACCCCACUCUCCCACGCGUCCGCACUUGCCUAUACCACCUUUCCUAUUGCAACCUCCUCCCUCCCCCCUUGCCACCGCCCCCCUCUCCUUUUUGAGCCCUCAUACCAAGCUGUAGAUAGAACACCACCAAGGAGGAAGAGCAAGAAGAAGAAGCAGCAGCUGAGGAACAAGUAGAAGAAGAGAGGAAUAGUAGUCUGUCCAACCAUGCCGCUUCGCCCUAGAUUCGCCUUCGGCCCUGACACCAUGCGCGCCGCUCUCUCCGAGUUCAUCGGCACCGCCAUCUUCGUAUUCGCUGGCGAAGGCUCCGUCCUCUCUCUCGAGAAGCUGUACAAGGACACCUCCACCGCUGGCGGCCUUGUGAUGGUUGCCGUAGCCCAUGCGUUGGCCCUUUUCGUCGCGGUCUCCAUCGCCUUCAACAUCUCCGGUGGCCACAUCAAUCCGGCUGUCACCUUCGGUGCCCUUAUUGGCGGCCGGAUCUCCCUCAUCCAUGCCGUCUGCUACUGGGUGGCUCAGCUCCUCGGUGCAAUCGUAGCCUCACUCCUACUAAGGAUCACAACAGGAGGCAUGAGGCCGCUAGGCUUCUCGCUGGGGUCGGGCAUCGGCGAGUGGCAUGCAGUACUGCUCGAGAUCGUGCUGACGUUCGGGCUGGUCUACACCGUCUAUGCCACGGCGAUCGACCCGAAGAGAGGCCAUCUCGGCACCAUUGCACCACUUGCCAUAGGAUUUGUCGUCGGAGCAAACAUCCUCGCCGGCGGUCCGUUCGAUGGUGCAUCUAUGAACCCGGCACGGGCUUUUGGUCCGGCGCUCGUCGGCUGGCGGUGGGGGCGCCACUGGGUGUACUGGCUUGGGCCUUUUGUGGGUGGUGGACUUGCGGGGAUUAUCUAUGAGUACCUUGUUAUCCCCUGGGAGACUCCCCAUGCUCACCAGCCUUUGGCUUCUGAAGAUUACUAGAUAAUCUGAUCCUAUGUGUAAUAGUUGUUCUGAUCCUUUGUUUUGUUUCUCCUUUAGUUGUCUGGUCGUCUUGAGUAGACGGAUUUGUAGGACGGUAACCUCCUCCUAGUGCCUGUGAAAUUGUCAGUAAUCUGUCUCUUGUAUAGGGUGGAUUGCGUGACUUUUUUUAUCCCUAAUUUAUCUCAUGUUGGGGAUCGGGCCACGGGGAUUGAGCAGAUGCAAAUCUGAAUGCCAAGUGCGGUCAUGGUGGGGCGCACGCACAAAUCGGCUGCAAG